UCUUAGUGAUGUUCUUUAUGUUACUCAAACUCACUAAGAUGGGUCCAUAUAGGGGAGUAUUAAGUUCAUUCUAAAGUUUUAUGUUUACUCCCUUAAGGGCAAUAAGUUAUUAAGUCUUUCCUCAUGUUGCCACCAAUAAUUUAGUUAUUAUGUGCCCUUAUAUUUUUUUUUUUUGUGUGUCCGGGUUAUUUGGCAGACAUAAGUCCAGGAUUGGACCCCUGGAAAAUUAUUAAGAAAAGCUUUGCCUUAUUAGCACAAGCACUAAAGCAAUUGUAUGUUAUAUAUGACAAUAAGGGAUUACAUGCUCACAUUUAAGAAACAUGAUGACCACCAAGUUGUGGGUCUCUAAGGUAUUUUGCAAGGAGUGAAAAGUGCACAUAAGUUUCAUCCACUAAAGUUUCACCCUUGCGGGGGAGCCAUAUUGUGGAAUGGUUUCACCCAAAUUUACUCGAAGCAUCGUUAAAGAUGCAAACUUAGUUGUGGCAUGUUUUAAUCCCUAUGUCUUUAAGAUAUGGAUUUGUGUCCCUAAUCCAUACCAAUUUAAAAAUUAAUAAUAUCCCGGGACACAUUAUGUAAGAGUGCAGAUUAUUCGAGUAGCAUGUCAAGAGGUAACUGCCAUACCUAAGACAUUGUGAAAGAUUGAUUCCAGAGUCAAAUAUAUUCUAGGCCUUGAUGAAUUAAGUUUUGGUGUUCAGCAAAUAAGUACUAAAUGUAAGGCGUAAAUGUUGAACACUACAUAAGUUUAACUAAUGGGUGCUUGGUAUAUAAGCAUUGUACUAAAGAUAUUAAGUACUAAGCACCAUAUUUAAGAGGCUUGCCUUCUAAAGUUGCCGGCAUUAAGAUUAUAUGGCAGCCUAUUGUUAAAGGGACAAAUUAUGACUCUGGAAACAAGACAUAUUUGUGUUCUCUGAUUAAGCGCGCGCAUAUGCAUAAGUAUAUCUAUACAUAAGAGAACAAACUGCACUCUUGGGACCAUUGCAACACCAUUUCCCCAUUUACCUAAGGAGAGUUCAUUCCUUCGAUGAAGUGAUGUGCUGUAGUCAAUCAGUUCAACGGUACUUAAUUGACCGUUGUAAUUUAUUGUCUCUGUAUAAGCUUCAACAAAGGGAUGGGCUCAUAAGUUUUUCACUUAAGUAUAAAGUUUAUUGAGCUCAUAAGUUAAAGAAGUUCCAUUUUGAGAUAAGAUGGUAUAUUGUAGCAACUGGGUUCUGCGGUACUGUAUAACUGACCGCAGCAAUGCUUUUGUCUUGUAUGCCAUUUUGUCGAUGAAUGGACUUAUAAGUUUAGCCUUACGAUCAAGGGGGAGAAUGUUGGAUAUUUUGAUCUAGGCUAAACCCUAGGUCAACAAUUACGGCCGCUACAAUACACUGCUACAGUAAGUCGGUGCUACAGUAGGCGUGCCACAGUGCCUUGAUUGGAGGCACACACAAAAUAUCUUCCGACAGGUGGGUCCCCCUGUGGUGCUAUGCUUAUCUAUAAAUAAGGGAGUUGUACCUAUGGGACAUAUGAGGUACUAAGACUAAGAAUAGACACUCAAGAACUCUCUCCCUUUUAGCUGCCCAAUCCAGCAGCGCAUAGCAGCCACAGGAAGGCCCCAUCAGCAGCUCUUAGAUGUUCUAGGAGCUGUCCCGAAGAAGAAGAAUCAAGGGGCUUCAUCUUUGAAGCCCUAGAUGACGUUUCCACAUGCUAAGAUAAGUUUCCACUAAUUUCAUCUCUUUUAUGUGGUUCAAAUCUUGAGCUAGUUGAUCCAAGGGAUACAACACAGAUACAUGCCUGACUCUAGAACUGUCCAUAGCUAGAUACCAUCAUUCAUCAAAGCACUCAAGGAUCCACUCUUAGUCGAUUUUUGAUCAUCCCAUCAACAGCAGUGCCAGUGAGGUACUGCAAUCUCUAAUAUUAAAUCUAUUUCCAUGACUUCUGAUAGAUUAAGUACACCAACAGUUCACAGCGUGGUAUCUAGAUGAAAAGAUUAUUUAGAUCUAAGUUGCUUGUCGUUUCUUCUUUCUUUACUCUUUUGAAAUCAGAUCGUUUUUUCUAGAUGGCAAUUUCCCUCUCUCUGUAUGAACCUCUCUCUAUCUCUCCGUCUCUCUCUCUCUCUUCUCUCUCUCUCUCUCUCUCUCUCUCUCUCUCUCUCUCUCUCUCUCUCUCUCUCUCUCUCUCUCUGUUUAAAUUGUGAGUUGUUUCCACCUUUGUUCUUUGCCUCUUUUGCAUCGGGAGGGACCAUAGUCUGUAGCAUGCCCAUCGAAUGGUGCAGGAUUCGUUUUGGUCUCAGCUCGAUGGUUUCGAAUUUGUUGAACUACUUGGGUAUUUGGGUUGGAGCGGGUGAACCAAUUUUGCAAUGCGUGCAUGAAGCAUUAAACUAUUUGUGUUCCACUUUGCUUCAUAAUUCUGAUCUAAUCGAAAUCCAACUUUUUGUCUCCCGUUUCAGGUUUGAGAUGCUCGACACAACUCUCUUGUCGUCUUCAAUUGUUUCUUCAUUGGUGCCCAGGGGUCUGCUUAUAAAAUAUUUUGUCAGAGCUGACAAAUUGGGUUUUUUUCAUACAUAUCCUGAUCGUGGUGGGCCAUUUAAGAGCAUACUAGAAGCUCAGGAAGCCAUUGAUUCAUAUCAUGUUGUUCAACGAAAAAUAAUGUGUAUGGAUGGACUUUCCGAUGAGGAGAGGUCUGUGCGGUAUGCUCUUUACUGGCAUCAUACCGGCACAAGAAAGCACUCCGCGGAAGCUUUAGCUGCUAGUGGGACCCUUCACCGUACAGAGGAAUUGGUUAAGGCUUUACUGGACAAACACAACGAAGACAAUGAGCUUGCUGGGGAUCUUGCAUAUCAACUAGAAGAUAUUGUGACCCACAAAUCAUGUUUUGAUGGAAAGGGUUGCAUUUAUAGAUCUUACUCUCAUUUCAAUAUGACCAUGAAGACCAAAGGAGCUGAUGCCAGCAAAGAUCUAUAUUUUGCUGAAGUCAUGUGUAUGCGCGGUGAUUAUGAAGCGCAUGUGCUCACCUGUAUCUGCAUGGUUAAACCUGAUGACAAUGGUGAAUGCCACGUGUGUGGUGUUGACAUGAAGCACCCUACUCAUGAUGAAUACAACCAUGGUCGCCCCAAGUUGUCUCGUCGUAUAUAUUGUGAUUCAGUUGGAGAUGAUUUAUUUGAGGAGUUAUUCGCCGUGCGUGAUGAGGCUUGGCUGAAAGCAGAGGAAGCUAGAGUGAGACGCAUGAUCAAGGAAGGGAAAGAGGCUAGACGACACGGGUUGGAGGUGCAAAACAUAGGAGGUGGCCAUGGAAAGAAAAAUACGUACAUAAUACCGGCUAGACGAUAAUGAGUUGAACACGAUCAACUUUUUUUGAAUAGCUUUCAUGUUCAGAACACCACAACUUAGAUACAGAGGAAUAACAAGAUGAGCGAGAUAGCUUUCAUUUUCAGAACAGCACCACUUCGGGUGUGUAGCUGUUCUGGUGACCUUGGAAUUUAUAGGGAUACAUAAUCUUGUUUGAGGACACCCAUUUGCAAAAUAUUACAUCCA